AUUAAAAUCAUGUAAAUUCCUUCUACAGUGUGUGGGUUUCUAUAGUUCAACGGCAGGUGCGCCACCUAGUGGCUCUUGCUCAAAGUUUUCCCUUCAUUGGACAAUACGAUGUGAAUGCCUUCCCGGGCCGAAGUUCACUCGUGUCCUUUCGUCACUAAUCGUGUACUAUCGUCUCGCGCCUUCUCGCGAUACUAUUUUACAUCUACGUCUUUGCUCUAACGCCGUUGAUAACGUGAAUGUGCAGUACCGAACUAGAAGAAGUGUCUUCUGUAGGUCGUGACAGCGGUGUCUCACUUUCUAACAACCAGCGGAUAAUCUGUAGUUAAAUUAUCUCGUCCGUUUUCACCGGUGAAUAAUUCAAUUCAACAGCUUUUUCUGAGUUUCAAGCCUUAGUCAACCUGUGAUCAGAUAACUGAUCCACCAGAGUAACGCAACAUCCUACCUUUGGGCUAACGCUGUCACUUACAUCACACAGACCAUGUCCCUGUCCGGAUGGGUGUGUUUGGUCACAGGUGCCUCCAGGGGCAUCGGCAGGGGCAUCGCUCUACAGCUGUCGGAGGCAGGGGCCACCGUGUACAUCACAGGGCGCCAGGAGCAGACUCUGAACCAAACGGCUGUGCAGGUGAAAGAGAGGGGUGGGAACUGUGUUCCAGUCGUCUGUGACUCUACAAAAGACAAAGACAUUCAACAGUUAUUUAAACGGAUCCAACAAGAACAGAACGGCAGACUGGACAUUUUGGUUAACAAUGCCUAUGCUGGAGUACAUACCAUCACUGAGAAUUAUGGUAAGAAGUUCUGGGAACUUGAUCCGUCCAUGUGGGAUUGCAUCAACGACACAGGCCUGAGGGGGCACUAUUACUUCUCAGUGUAUGCCUCUCGGUUGAUGGUGGCUCAAGGGCGAGGCCUGAUUGUCACCAUUUCCUCCAUGGGAGGGCUUCGGUAUAUAUUCAACGUGCCCUACGGUGUUGGUAAAGCUGCGUGUGACAGGCUGGCUGCAGACAUGGCUGUGGAGCUAAAGAGAAGGGGCGUGGCCUCAAUCAGCCUGUGGCCUGGAGCAGUGAAAACUGAGCUGAUUUCUCAGUACAUACUGGACGAUACAAAAGCUGAAAAUUCUGAGUUAAAAUCCCUGUUUGCCAACGGAGAAACCACAGAACUAAGUGGGAAGUGUAUCGUCAACUUGGCCAAAGACAAAAACCUGAUGUCAAUGACGGGAAAAAUUCUAAUGACCAGUGACCUGUCGAGGAGAUAUGGGAUACAAGAUGUUGAUGGUCGUAGUGUAACUGAUUACACCUCAGUGAAGUUCCUCCUGACAAUGGUUCCAUAUCUUUCCUGGCUCUCUGUGAUCGUCCCUUCAUUCAUACGCCUGCCACGCUUUGUGCUCACACUGGCCCAUAGUCGGUUCUAAACAGUUCCAUCGUCUUAAAUGAAAAGACUGGAAUUAAUUCUCUGAACAAGAAUUUUUGUUUGAAGACAUUGUAUGAAUUCCUCACCUUACUUCCUGUAUGUAUUGUACAAACACUAACUUCAGCUGUGAACAAUUGUUAUCAGUGGUUAAAAUCACCCUUUUUAAACACAGGCACACAGUAUCUAACUCCGUUUGGGAGAAUUCGUGGGAAUUGGUGCCAUCUUGUGGUCAAUCUGCAGAAUACCAUACACAAAGAACUUUUAACACUUACCCCACUCUUCUCUGAAAUACCUCAAGGAUCUUCGGAGGCCUUUGCACACCAGAAAGGAUAUGUGCAGUCCUCAAAUACCCCCGCCUCUUUGUCCCCCUCCACGAUUCCUCCUUGGUUGUUUAUGGUCUACAAACUAAAGAAGUCUGUCAGAGAAACCUGAACAUAUGAACAUACAAGAUGAUAAAGUUAGAAAGUCUGUCUUAAAUAACAACUCAACUUGGCAGUUACUGACAUUUUUUAAAGUCACAGUUAAGUAGCAUCUGAAGUUGGACCUUUAAUAUCAACUACACUACCAAAGCUUUAAACUAACUUUAUAUUUACUAUAUUUUUUUUGCAUAUUUACAUAUUUUCUGUACCUUCUGCCAUCAUACACACACUUUAUACUCAGCUGCUUCAGUAAUUACCAGCUAAUAAGACUCGAGUUAAUGAAGAAAUGUUAACUAUUACUAAAUUUUUUUUGUAUUUGAAGGAAUAUGUGAAAAGAAGAUGUGAAGAGUAUGUGUACCGUACUUUAUGAAGUUGAAUCCUAUGCUUGUGUGAUUAAUCAUUUACAUGAAGUCUGGAAGAAU